CGGACAACUACAGCAGCAGUAGCAGUAGCGAUGGCUACAAGUGAUGGACGCGAUUAUUUUAAGAGAGCACGUCUCUUCUGGAUGGUCACCCUGUCAGUGGCGCUGAUAUAUUUCGCUUGCACAGUGUUUGCACCAGAUGUAGUCCCAUUUGAGCUUCUUGGUCCAUUUGGCACCUUCUCCAAAAACCUUGCGUAUAACCAUCAUGAUCUACUGUACAAAGGGUGGUGGUUGACCUGUGCUAUUCAUAUUUGUGAGGCCCUGGUUGCACUGAAGUUGUGCAGCAACAAAGGCAUCAAGGACAAGACCACUCAGUGCCUGUGGUUUAUCCAGACCUUUCUGUUCGGCUUCGCCUCCCUCCGCCUGCUAAUUAAGUAUGACCCAGAGCGUUCCAAGCAGGACUGACCUUACCAGGAGAAGCCUACAGAACAACACAUCUGAGUCUAGAGACCCCUUCUUGGGGCCUCAACUUCUUCCACUGUUCACUUUGAUUAUAAGAUCCUGCUGGAGAGCAUGAAAUGGAGCAAUACUCUUGAGCCAUUUCUUUAAUUGUGUUUCUUUUAAUAUAAUUCUGAAGACAUAUCUUUGAUAGAAACGCUAGAAAUUUUCUUACAUAGUUUACAAGAUCUUUAAUUCCUGUAAUAGAUCUGUUUCAUUCCAUAUUUUCUAGAGCUGAGGGAGUACGGU